CGCCAUUCAACGGCCAGGAAAUCAUGCCAGGAGCUAUGAAAUACAUCGACUGCGAUGCUGGUGGCUUUCGGAGCGGUCAGAUCGACUCAAGAAAGCCCGCCUCCUUCUAUCGCGUCAAAGAGCGGACUAACAUCUGGGAUUUUGAGGAGAAGAAGCUGAAAGGGAAGCCUCUUUUUACCCGUGGGUAUAUCGAAGCCGCAGCUAAACGACGAGACGAGUGCAGAGAGGGAGGGGCCUUGGAUUGGCGACGAAGCUACGAGAUGUCCAAGGAUCCGGAAAAAUACACCACAGAACAGGUUCCGCUCGCCAGAGUCCCGUCACGCAGAGCGGCUGGAAGCGCCGAGUCUGUGGCCGAGCUGGUAAAGGAUUUGCAGCAGCGAUGGCUUGUGAGCAAGAUGUGCGCGCAACUGAGAGAGCUUCUCCGCAAAACCGCAGACAAGAUGCCGAGGAUUGAGAAGAUCAUCUGUUUCGGACUUGGGUCGAUUUCUUCAUUUCCUGAGUGGUACCCUGGAUUCGGGGAUCAAUACCCUGGGUGGCUGUCUCGAAUGUCAACCCGCAACUACAUCCUGCAGCAUCUUGGGGCCGUCACCAUUGCAGCUACCCUCAAUGAGGUCUACGGGAAGGUUACCGACCGACCUCCAAUCCGCAUUCUGGCUCAAGACCCAGGCUACACCGACACGGACCGCUCGAUACUUUCUGAGCUCGAAAUCCCGAUGGAAAUCAUCAACGAUCCGGAAGGCUUCCUCGCCAUCGACGAGAGCACCUUUAUCAUGACAUGCCGGUGCGCGGCACCGGUUUAUGAGAUCGCGGCCGAUCUGACGGCUUCCUCCCAGUGUGGACGCGGGCCUGCCGCAUUCAUUGCCGACGAAUUGGGUUUGGCUGGGGAGCCAAUUGAGUAUGUUCACGCCUGGAACCGGGAGACGCCGAGGGUGAUGAGGUUUCUGGAGUGUUAUGAGAUGAGGAGUUUCGAUGAUUUUGUGGUUUCGAGCGAAGAGUUCAAAGAGCUGUGGGAGCAGUAAACGGGGGAAUGCCCGUGGUGGUGGCGCCUGGACCUCCGCUUUAGGAAGGAUACUUGAGAGCCAGCCGGACUCACUGACGUCCAUUGACUCC